CAGCGACAGUCUCAUCCAAUUCUAAUGUGGAGGAGUAUUCAGUAUCAGUGUGUCUUUUAUUACUUAACGGCAAAUAUAACGCCUUAAGCAAUUAAAUGAGCUUUAUCGGGUUCCGCAUUUAAAUUGUUUUAUCCUGCCGGGUAACGCUAGUCGUCUUGGAACUUGAAAGUAAAGUAGCGCAACCUAAGCAAACGUUAAUAAAACGUCAUUCAUUUCCCUUCCUGUUUCAGCGGAUAAACUUGAGAGGCAUAGCCGAAGUGUUUUACCGUAUCUCACAUAACUGUCAGACAAAAACAAACAAGCAAAAACAAAAACAGUUGAGUAUUUAUUCCGACUGAACAGCGCGUGUGGACGACGCCAGUGACCGGCUGAUUUACCAAGGUGGACGUGACGCCAAAUUUAAAGUAGCAGGCAGUCCAGGCAGGGGGGGAUUGUCCUCUUUUGAGCGCUAAGCUAACAGGCUAACACGCGGCCAAGUAAAGGUUUGCGAUUUUUUUGAUUCGGCCUUCAGCCAGUCAGAGCAAAUCGUGAAAUUGAGCUUCCUACGGGCCCACUUGCGCGCUACCCACCGUCCAAUGCCCUCUGCGUGGAUGGGAAACUGUUAGCCAGUAGAGAGGUAACCAUCCAGCAGUUCUGUUAAACAUGGAGGAUGAAGAGGUUGCCGAGAGCUGGGAAGAGGCAGCGGACAGCGGGGAAAUCGAGAGAAGGCUUGAGGCUAAGCUGAAAAUAAACCAGGAGGCAAAGAAAUCCAACUUGGGUUCGAGUGGAUCACCUGUUCGAACUGCUAUUGUAAUCCAGGAUGAAUCUCUGCCUGCAGCGCCCCCGCCACAAAUUAGAAUUUUGAAACGUCCUUCAAACAAUGGUACCGCAGGAAACCCCGCAGCCUCAUCUCGUCCCUCUCAGCAGAUGAAAUCUUUGGCCCAGCGGGAGGCAGAGUACGCCGAAGCUCGAAGAAGGAUUCUGGGUAGUGCUUCUUCAGAUGAUACACCUCAGGACAAUCCAUGCCAGGACAGGCCAGCUCGUUUGAGCUCGCAGCAACCAUCAGAAACAGUUCGUCCAAACAAUCAUGUGAUCCGCCAGCCCACCGGCCCAGAUGGCACCUCAGGCUUCCGACUCUGCAGAUAAACAGGAGCUACCUGCUGCAGUGAAUCGGCCGUCUUCCUGAGAGGGCAUGAAGGGUUGUGUUUACGGGGGAUAUGUUUGGUAAGAGGAGCAAAGUGGUGACAGACAUUAAAUAUAAGAAGAUGAGGCAUGGAUCGAAAUGAACUUCUCCGCCCUCUCUCUCUCUACUCGACUUACUGGCUUGGUCUUUGCCUUUCACCUUGUUUUAUUCCCUCUGUGGAACGUUGCAAGGGGCUGGCAGAGAUCAGCCAAAGAGCUGAACCCCCUUCUGUUCCACACUGUGAACAGGCUUUUGCCUCACAUCCCUACACACUGUGAUACUCUGAUGUACCAUGAGGUGCCCUAUGAUUUUAAGUAUGAUUGGCCGGCCAAGCGCCAGGGCAUCAUGUGUCUGUCUCUUCAGGGAGAAUAAGGAGAGUUUGUGAAUGUGUCGUAAUCCCCCCGGACCCGUGAAAGCGAACAGGCUGGCCUUUCCGCUGCCAGAGCGUGGAUCAUGGCUGGGUGUCCACCGGGAAACUGGCCUCAGUGGAAAAUAAGUGCUUGACAGUGCUCAGAGAUUACUGUGUGUUCAUUGGCUGGACUUCAGGGCUUGGUGAUAGUCAAACUGAUCCAACUAUUGGAGUAGAAGUGCACAAAAGUGUGUUUCAAUGCUGUAGUUGGAAAGCAAUGGCAGAGGCCCAAACUAGCAUUUUCCACAGUCCACAGGCCUCUGUUUUGGCACUGGUGACUAUGAAAGAAAUGCCCGGUGGGCACACAGCCUGUGGCCAAAGAUUAUAAAUCGAAAGGACAGAAUGUCACAAAGUCCAGGCUUAUUUGAGCAAUAAUAAUGAAUUAACUCCCUGGAUUGUUUGUCAAACAUAUUGUCUGAUUACCUGUGCUGUGUUUUAUUUUGAUUUUUUUUUUUUUACAUUGUUUCUUCCUGUUUUGUUUUAUUCUUUUCUGAGACAUUAUGUGAAGGUCAGGAGUUCAGUAGUGUAUCAAAAAUUAGAUGAUGUAGCAUAUAGGAAACUGUAUUGGUUAUUAAAUUUUAAGAAAUUGCAGACAGUCAGACCUAUUCAUAACCUGAAACUCCAAAGUUAUCGUGCAUAGAUGUCCCCGUCCGUGUUGCCUUGUUGUUGCUAAUCAGAAUAGCUAAAUUGAAACUUCAUUUACAGCCAGCUGCACCACGUCUGUCUAGGAAAGAAGACCAGCUGCAGUAUAUUGACAGGCUGUGUUAUUAAAAUGAUGGUUUUCAAUCUCUUGGGACUUACAAUUUGAUGCCCAGUGUGGUGGAAGAUACAGCUGCAUGACAACUGCUUUAUGUUGGGGGGAAAAAUGUCAGGGAAACUUUUUGUGAAAAACUACAAAAAUGAUCUAAAAAUCUUAGAAAUCCUUUUUUUUAAUCACUAGUAUGAAGAUAAAUUCUACUGCCUGGUUUUGAUGAAUGUCCUGUUUGUGGUGUUUUUCUCACAACAGGAUUUUACACCCUUGAUUGCUUGUUUGCCAUCAAUUCAGAAUAAAUCAGUAAUCAAACACGACUGCGUUACCAGUACUCUUAGUUAAUGACAGUUUCACAGUCAAUGAAUCUGCAGCAAAUUCUGAACCUUUUAAUGCGCCUUAAAUGACAAAUGAUUCCAGGCUACUUACAUGCAUUUUCCAUUCGGCUGUGCUUGUUAAUGUUGUGCUUUUUUGAACGCUUGUGAUAAGUCAGUUAUUUAAUUGAAUAAAUUCAAGGCUUGCAGCAGGACUCGGCAGCAAGUCAGCAAGUGUUGUAGGCAACCACACUUUCUGUAUGGUUAAAACUUGUGCACCACUACUUCCAGCCUUGCUAGUUUCAAAAAGUGAGUGCAUCGUUAACUAAUUUCUGGGAAAUGAAGUUAGCUUUUGUUGUCGUUUGAUGACACCAAUACAAGUUGUCCAUUACAGCUCUAACAACUCAAUAAUUUUGUUCUGUGCAAAAGUAUAAACUGUUGGAAAGGAUGACAUGCAUGGUAGUAAACUGGAUUUGGACCAACAACAUCAAGAACACAUUAGUACUUCUCCCAGGGAUCAGGUUCAGUUCUUACCAUAAAAUGGAUUUGUAAUCAUUUUAAAAUAGAUAAUUAAAAUACCCAUCCUGUACCUGUGUGAUCUGCCCAGCUUUGUUUCACCCGUUCACAGCCACCUGUCUAGUCUGAUGUUAUUUUGAAACUUGAACACAACUGACAUUUGAAUACCCUUUAAUAAACACACUUCAGAAAGAGA